UUGAAGCUAAUAUGGAGUCUAGGCCAGUUCAUAGUCAGCUGGACUAUCUUGCUUUAGCAAUACAUGUGAGUUUUAAUCUUAUCCUGAUGUAUGACCUUUGCCAAGAUGAUGAUCUCAAGUCAGGUAUAUCUUUUUGUAAAUACAGUUCUUAUCUUCCCAGUAUCUCAACAGAAUUGGAUUAAAGUUAGUAAAAUAUUUCAAAUUUCCUGUGUGAAAUUUUCUCUCUUUACAUAAAAUGUAAUUUUUUUUAAAGAUUUAUUUAUUCAUUCAUGAGAGACAGAGAAAGGGGCAGAGACAGAGUCAGAGGGAGAAGCAGGCUCCUCACAGGGAGCACAACAUGGGACUCGAUUCCAGAUCCCGAGACCACGACCUGAGCCAAAGGCAAAUGCUCAACCGCUGAGCCACCCAGGCAUCUCCAUAAAAAGCUAUCAUUUGGGAGCAAUGAGUUUAAAACCCUUCACCUACCCGUUUCCAGAGACGAGAUUUCUUCAUGCAGGACCCAAUGUGUAUAAAUUCAAAAUUAGAUAUGGCAACAACAUCAGAGGGGAAGAAAUAGAGGAUAAGGAAGUCAUCGUCCAGGAGCUGGAGGAUUCUAUUCGUGUAGUCUUGGGAAACCUGGACAAUUUGCAGCCAUUUGCUACAGAGCACUUCAUUAUAUUUCCCUAUAAAAGCAAAUGGGAGAGCAUAUCCCACCUGAAAUUCAAACAUGGGGAAAUUGUCUUGGUCCCCUAUCCAUUUGUUUUCACUCUGUAUGUGGAGAUGAAAUGGUUUCAUGAAAGUCUGUCACCAGGGAAACCAAUAAAAGACAGUCCUCUUGGAUUGGUCCUCACAGAGAGGAAAGCAGCAGGAGCCAGGAAACGAAAACGAGUGGAAGUGCUCAGCUCCCCCAGCAGGCCAGGGCUGGACAGGGCUAAGAUCGGGAUUUCCAGCCAAAGCCCCAGCAAAAAGAAGCCCCUUAUGGAAACCAGGAGGUCACAGAGAGAGAGAGAGACGCAGAGACACAGGCAGAGGGAGAAGCAGGCUCCAUGCACCGGGAGCCCGACGUGGGAUUCGAUCCCGGGUCUCCAGGAUCGCGCCCUGGGCCAAAGGCAGGCGCCAAACCGCUGUGCCACCCAGGGAUCCCUUAUUCCCCUUUUAGAUAUUCCUGUAUCUGCUGCUUCUCCAUUUCAGAGCUGCUUUUCCAAAGUAGGCUCUAAAAGAACACUUUUUAAAUUUUCUUUUCCUCUUGAAAUAGCUGUUAUUUGUGCCUUUUUCAUACUUAUUACUUACCUCUCUAAAGUAUCUCUGACCUUAAGUAUUUAAACAUUCCCAGUUAGCCUCCCUCACCUUCCCGAGACCCAUAACAUGAUCAGUUACAGAGCAAGCAUCUAUGUGUGCAUUUAUUUAUUUAUUUAUUUAAUGAUAGUCACACACACACACACAGAGAGAGAGAGAGAGGCAGAGACACAGGCAGAGGGAGAAGCAGGCUCUAUGCACCGGGAGCCCGACGUGGGACUCGAUCCUGGGUCUCCAGGAUCGCGCCCUGGGCCAAAGGCAGGCGCCAAACCACUGCGCCACCCAGGGAUCCCCCUAUGUGUGCAUUUAUUCAACAGACUUACUGUGUGCCAAGUAUUAGCAAUACCAUGCUCUCCUCCAGGAUGCCGACGGUAUGAAACUAGGCAGACAGUUAUUGAUAGAUGUGCUCUGUGUGGGAAUAAAAGAAGCACCAGGAAUGAAGGGACCACAAAGGAGAGCCUCACCUAAUUUAGGUGGUUGUGAGGGAGAGUUCCCAGAACAGCUCAGACAACUAAGGCCAAGAGGAAAGAGUACAUACAGUGAGUACAUUUGGUGCCUGCAAGCCAGGGCACCUGGAGCUUAGUUAGAGUCCAGUGCUCAGACAUGUUACUGAGGAGGUCAGCACAGGCUGGAUCAUGAAGGACUUAAGGCCACCUUCAAGUUCACAGGAUUUCCCCAAAACAUUUUUUACAUAGAAAUAUAAAGCAAUUUUCAUUUCUAAGUGAUUUUUCUGCCUCCUCUUUGCAAGGUAUCAUGUUAGCUGCUGAGGUACAUGCUAACACAUAGUUGGGGGAAGAGAGAACCCUCAGGGACUCACACUUCUGCUCCUGUGGGUAGAGGCAGGGUAGAGGACCCAUUGUACCAAGGCCAGCUGGCCCACUGAGUGGUUAUAGGCUGAUGAUUGCCCUCUACUAUACUCCCAUCCUUUCAAGAAGGAAGAUAAAGAAAUGAGAAAGUACAGGAGUACAUGAAGAUCUGAAGAACAAAGACACUUUAUACAACCAAGAUAAUUACUAUUAAAAGAACAUUUCCCUCACUUUCUAUCCUUCAUACCUUCCUAUUCUUAGUUUGACACAUCAUUUCCCUGAAGAACAGUACCCACAGUUUCUUACUCAACAUAAUUACCUUUCAACCUGAUACUGGGUUUAGAAAAAACUGAGAAAAAA